UACAAGGUCAAUUAAAAAUUAGUAAAUAGACUGAAUUCAAAUAUAAUUAAGUAAUUUAUUGAAUUGGGAAAAGAUAAAAAUUAAAAAAAAUAAUAAAAACGAAUAAUAAUGUGGAAUAUGUCAACAAACACGACAGUAAUAAGUGUUUUCUUAAUUAUUCAUUUAGAAUUAUUUAUUGUUGAUUUGUUGCCAAUCCAUACAAAUAAUAUUGCAAUACAACGUUACCGACCUAAACGAUGGGCCUAUUAUGAAAUACAUAAAUGUGGUCGUAUUAAAGGAUAUAGUUGUUUAGAGCAUCGUCAUUGUUAUGAACGUUAUCUACGGCAUGAUAUGGUUUGUUUUGAAGUUUAUCCAUGUUUAAGUUCAUGUAUAUUCAUUGCUCAGUUAUAUGACUAUGAGAAAUUUGCACAACAAGUUGAACGUUUAAUGAUCAAGGGAAUACCAGUCAAUAAUCAUGAUGAUGCAGUAAAUUUUGUACGUGAAAAAACAAAGAAAUUAGCCAAAGAUUUAAAUAUGUCACUGCCAUUAGGUGGAAUAUGACAGAAUAAGUUAGUUUUUAUUUUGUAUACAACCAAUGGAUGAAAUAUGGCACAUUUAAUAAGAGCGGAAUCAUUUAUUG